GGGCGUGGCUCCGGGAGACUGGUAGGCGGGCCCUAGGUUGAAGGGUCCCUACUGGGGCUGAGUGGGGAAAAGGGUUCAUUGUGGAGGUGGGAGGAGCUAGGAGAAGGGGUGGAGUUUGUCUAGGGAUGAAGCUUUCUGAAAGUGAUGGGCAUAGUGGAGGGGGGUGGGGUUUCAGCGUGUAAUUUGGGGGCGUCUUUAGUGGAAAGUCCGUGGUGGAAAUUGGGAUUCUCUGGUUGCUAAGACGGUAAAGCGUCUGCUCGCAAUGCGGGAGACAUGGGUUCGAUUCCCGGGUCGGGAAGAUCCCCUGGAGAAGGAAAUAGCAACCCACUCCAGUACUCUUGACUAAAAAAUUCCAUGGAUGGAGGAGCCUGGUGGGCUACAGUCCAUGGGGUCGCAAAGAGUCGGACACGACUGAGCGACUUCGCUUCGCUUUAGUGGAAAUAGCAGGUCUUUAUAACUGCAGGUGAAAUGACUUAGAGAAGAUGGGGAUGGUGUUAGAGAGGAAUGGCUGAGGUGGCGAGAGAGGGAGAUUGAUGGGGCCUUGGAAAGAAAGGGGUUUGCCUAAAACCUGAGCUUAAGGAAAAAGUGAGCGGGAUUUAGGAGGUGGAUCUUGGAGAAGGGAUAGGGACUUCAAGAGGAAGCUCGGAGGAAUUUAGCAGACAUCAUUUAAUCAAAACAGCUUAGCUGUUGAGUCUUUGCUGUGCGGCCAGUAAGCACUUGGCGCAUGUGGCCACAAUUUUGCUUAGUCCUCACCACCUCCUGAGGUAGGUCCUCCUAGUACCCUAUUUUGUGGAUGGAAAUAGAAUCGGCUGGUUUUCUCAAGGAUAGUCAUGGUCACCCUGGAAGGUUGAUUCAUAUGCCCUUAACCCAAAAUCUUUGUUCUUUCAUUGGCUAAGAAUGUCAGCCUUCCUCUGAAGAUGACUUUCAUCUUCAAAGAAGAGAGGGGGUGGCUUUCAGAAAUACAACAGGCUUCAGGAACAAGGAGACUUUGGAAGGAGUAGAGAGAGCCCCCACCCGCCACUGCCCUUGCACCGCGCCGCCAUGGAUGAUGCGCCGCUGCCAGCGCCCCCGCUCCCCGCCCGGGCCCCGGCCCCGGCUCCGCCCGCUGCUGCCCCCCGCGUCCCGUUUCACUGCAGUGAGUGUGGCAAGAGCUUUCGCUACCGCUCGGAUCUGCGGCGCCACUUCGCUCGGCACACUGCGCUCAAACCCCACGCGUGUCCGCGCUGUGGCAAGGGCUUCAAGCACAGCUUCAACCUGGCCAACCACCUGCGCUCGCACACCGGCGAGCGACCCUACCGCUGCUCCGCCUGCCCCAAGGGGUUCCGAGACUCCACCGGCCUGCUGCAUCACCAGGUCGUCCACACUGGUGAGAAGCCGUACUGCUGCCUCGUCUGUGAGCUCCGCUUCUCCUCGCGCUCCAGCCUGGGCCGCCACCUCAAGCGCCAGCAUCGUGGGGCGCUCCCGUCCCCGCUGCAGCCCGGCCCAGGCCUGCCCGCCCUGAGCGCGCCCUGCUCCGUCUGCUGCAACGUGGGGCCCUGCUCGGUGUGCGGGGGCGCGGGGGCGGGCGGGGCCGGCGCCAGCGGCGAGGGUCCAGAGGGGGCAGGCGCCGGCGCUGGGGGCUGGGGGCUGGCGGAGGCCGCGGCGGCCGCAGCGGCGGCCUCCCUGCCCCCGUUCGCUUGCGGCGCGUGCGCGCGGCGCUUCGACCAGGGCCGUGAGCUGGCGGCCCAUUGGGCGGCGCACACCGACGUGAAGCCCUUCAAGUGCCCGCGCUGCGAGCGCGACUUCAACGCGCCCGCGCUGCUGGAGCGGCACAAGCUGACCCACGAUCUGCAGGGCCCCGGCGCGCCCCCGGCGCAGGCCUGGGCCCCCGGGGCCGCGGGCGAGGGCGGCGAGGCUCAGCCAGCCUGGGACGGCGGGCUGCUCCUGGGCCGCGCCGGGGGCGGCGUGCCUGAGCUGGGGGUGCUGCUCCCCGAGGGCGGCGGCGAGGCGCCCGCGGAGCCGUCGGAAGACACGCUGUACCAGUGCGACUGCGGGACCUUCUUCGCGUCGGCGGCGGCGCUGGCCAGCCACCUGGAGGCGCACUCGGGCCCCGCGGCCUACGGCUGCGGCCACUGCGGGGCGCUGUACGCGGCGCUGGCGGCCCUGGAGGAGCACCGGCGCGCCAGCCACGGCGAGGGCGCGGGCGCGGGCGGCGCGGAGGCGGCGGCAGCGCCCGCCCGCGAGGGGGAGUCCCCGUCCGGGGAGCCCGCGUCUGCCUCGGGCCGCGGCAAGAAGAUCUUUGGCUGCUCCGAGUGCGAGAAGCUGUUCCGCUCGCCGCGCGACCUGGAGCGGCACGUGCUGGUGCACACGGGCGAGAAGCCGUUCCCGUGCCUGGAGUGCGGCAAGUUCUUCCGUCACGAGUGCUACCUCAAGCGCCACCGGCUGCUGCACGGCGCCGAGCGGCCCUUCCCCUGCCAUGUCUGCGGCAAAGGCUUCAUCACACUCAGCAACCUCUCCAGACACCUGAAGCUGCACCGGGGCAUGGACUGACGCGGCCGGGCCGUGCGCCCCGCCAUCCGACCUCCCCUCCGCGGCGGGCUGGACUCAGGCCCCGGGCCCCGGAAACCUAGGGACCACGAGGGAGGCUCCCCACCGGCCCUCCAGAGCCAGGCACGGGCCCGGGGAAGAGGGGACCCUGGCUGGAGGACAGGCGACCACCCAGCGCCUGCACGGGCCCCUCAGCUGGUGGGCGGCAAGACUAACCUCGAGGGUCCCGGAUCUAUGGAGAGACUCCUAACCUCGAGGCCCCUGGAUCACGUGCUGAGCACCCCUAAGUCAAUCGGCCUCUAAGAUGUGGGGACCUGGGGAUGACAAAGGGGUCUCCACAAGUCCUUCUCCUCUUGGGGGCCCUAAUAAUAAAAGACGGGCACCCCCUUCCCCACCCCAGGGAAGACUAACCCUCUUCCUAAGAGCCAUCAUUCCAACCACCUAGAUCUGGAGAAUGGGGGGAACCAUGUCCCCGGAUUUCCCUGGAUCCCCCCGCAAAUGCUACCCACCAGGAAUCACUGGUGCCCCCAGAUAACAGAUAUAGCCGGAAUCUGCCUCCUCCCCUGUCACUUAUACCCUGUGUGGAAAGAGGACCAGGGUAGUUGCCCGGUCUCGCUCCCCUACUACGGAAUGGAUGGACCCUAAUGAUCUUUCCCGCCCCUCAAAACUUAGAAUAGGCUGGUUCAGAAUCCUACACCCCCCGCCCCCUGUAGGAUGGACUGAUCGGGAUGCACGUAGACUCCACCCCGUGUCCGCUGGAAUGGGCGGGUGCGGGUUGCGGCCUGCACGCCACUCCUUAAGGCGAAUAGGGCAGACAUUCCUCCCCUCCCUCCAGCGUGGGGGCCGGUCCGCGUCAUCCCCCGCUCUGUGAGCUCAAGAGUGGGGCGUGGGGUUCACCGGGGUGCCCCUCUCGCUCUACUGUAGCACCUGUCAGUCUUUCCAUCUCCGUCAGUUUGUCUCCGUGUUCUUCCCAGCGCCAAGGGGAAGGGGGGUUUGGCUGGGGAAGUGUCCCCUGUGAGCCUUGACCUCGCCCCCUCGCCCCACUCCCCAGCUCCUCCUGGACCCCAAUAAACGCUGUCCUUUCAGCUGC